AUGACCACCAGUGCCCCAUCCGGCGCCGGCGCCAGUGCUCGCAGCCAUAACCCGGCGACAACACAAGAAAAUAAGAAGCCUAUCUAUUUUGGUCCCUUUGAGGUGACCAACCAAGUCUUCCUCACAACCCGCCACUCCUUUGCCCUAGUUAACCUCAAGCCCCUCCUCCCAGGCCACGUCCUGGUCUGCCCCUUCCGGCCCCAUCGCCGGCUGACCGACCUUACGCCCGACGAAGUAACAGACCUCUUCCUGGCUGUCCAACGCGUGCAGCGUAUGCUCGCCCGCUACUACUUCCAACCUUCCUCCCCCUCGCCAUCCCCAACCCAAUCGCCCUUCUCUGUCCCCGGCCCAACCGGCACCGCGCUCCCCACGCAAGGCUCUUUCAACAUCGCUCUGCAAGACGGCGCCGAAGCGGGGCAGACGGUGCCGCACGUGCACGUGCACGUGAUUCCGAGGAUUAGGGGGUCGACGGCCAAGCCGACUGAGACACCGUCGGACCGCAUCUAUGAGCAGAUGGCGGACGAGGAAGGGAAUGUGGGCGGGGCAUUACAGGCGAGAAGUAUGGCUGAGAUGGAGGAGGAGGCGGCGUUGUAUAGGCAGGCGUUAAAGGCCAUGGAACAGGAGGAGGAAGCACAGGCGGCUGCGAGACAAGGGUAG